UCAGUCAGCGAGCUCACCUGAGGGGGAGAGAGAGAGAGAGAGAGAGCAACCAUGCGGAGGAAACAGGUCCCAAAGUUCUGACGAUUCGCUGCCAAACGCACCAAACCAAAACCUGCUCAGAAUCCUGAAGCUGAAGUCAACUUUGCAGAUGGCUCAGAAUAUUUGAAUACAAACAGACGCCUAACAAAGUCAGACUUCCUCUUUGUCACUGCUCUGUAGUUUAGAUACGACCGUUUGCAUUGUGUGUUUUACUAAUCUGUGGAUUUGUGUUGUUUCCUCAGAAGGUAUAAACCGUGACAGUUUUUAGUACUUUAGUGGAACAAACAUGGCCGCCACCAUGGAAGCAGCAGACAUCGCUGUAGUCGCGCUAUACUUUGUCGUGGUCCUGCUGAUUGGUUUCCUUGCCAUGCGGAAAGCCAACCACAGCACGGUCAGCGGAUACUUCCUCGCUGGUCGCUCCAUGAACUGGGCCGCCAUCGGUGCAUCUCUGUUCGUCAGCAACAUAGGAAGUGAACAUUUCAUUGGCCUGGCUGGAUCAGGAGCUUCCAGCGGGCUGGGUGUGGCUGCGUGGGAGUUAAACGCUGUAUUACUGCUCCAGCUGUUAGGCUGGGUUUUUAUCCCGGUUUAUAUCCACUCAGGUGUGUACACGAUGCCCGAGUACCUGGCCAAGCGGUAUGGUGGGAGGAGGCUGAAGGUGUAUUUCGCUGCGUUAUCGCUCCUCAUGUACAUCUUCACCAAGCUGUCUGUCGACCUCUACGCCGGAGCCUUGUUCAUCCAGGAAUCACUGGGCUGGAACCUCUACCUGUCCAUCAUUCUGCUCAUCACCAUGACAGCGCUGCUCACCGUCACUGGGGGUCUGGUCGCCGUCAUCUACACGGACACGGUCCAGGCCUUCCUCAUGAUCACCGGCGCUCUGUGCCUCACAGGGAUCAGCCUCUUCAAAGUGGGAGGACUGGAAGGGGUCUGGACCAAGUACAUGCAGGCUUCUCCAAACAUCUCUGCCAUCCUGCUGUCGUCGCCAAACCUGACAUACUCUGAGUCAUGCCACCAGCACCUCUACCCAAAACCGGACAGUCUGAAGAUCCUGCGAGGCCCGAGGGAUCCUGACCUUCCCUGGCCUGGCUUCUUACUGGGCCAGACUCCUGCCUCUAUCUGGUACUGGUGUGCUGAUCAGGUGAUUGUCCAGAGGGUUCUUGCGGCAAAGAACAUAGCCCAUGCCAAGGGUUCGACUAUCAUGGCUGGCUUUCUGAAGAUCCUCCCCAUGUUCGUCAUUGUCAUCCCAGGGAUGAUUUCCAGGAUCCUGUUUGCCAAUGAGUUGGCAUGUAUCAGCCCUGAACACUGUAUGGAGGUGUGUGGUUCUGCUGCUGGCUGCAGCAACGUGGCUUACCCUCGGCUCGUCAUGUCUGUGAUGCCAGUCGGUCUCCGAGGCCUCAUGAUGGCUGUCAUGAUAGCAGCUCUGAUGAGCGACUUAGACUCCAUCUUCAACUCAGCCAGCACCAUCUUCACGCUGGAUAUUUACAAGAUGCUACGUAAGCAGGUGUCGUCCAGGGAGCUGCUGAUCGUCGGCAGGUUGUUUGUGCUUUUCACAGUGGUCGUCAGCAUCGCCUGGGUGCCGGUCAUCAUCGAGAUGCAGGGAGGCCAAAUGUUCUACUACAUCCAGGAAGUGAUAGAUUACCUGACGCCGCCCAUAGCUGCUCUCUUCUUGCUCAGUGUCCUGUGGCAUCGCUGCAAUGAAACAGGCGCCUUUUGGGGCGGGGUGGCAGGGUUUGUUCUGGGAUCAGUGCGUUUGAUUUUGGCGUUGGUUUACCGCGAGCCUCGCUGCGACCAACCAGAUGAGCGGCCAUCUUUCAUCAAAGAUUUUCACUUCAUGUACGUGGCAGCCAUCUUGUUUUGGGUGUCAGCUUUGGUGACAGUGGUUGUGAGUCUUUGCACUCCGCCGCCCAGCAAAGAACAAAUUGCUACCACGACUCUGUGGGGUUUGAGGCAGAGAAGGAAACGGAGACAGCAGGAAAAAGAGAAAGCUGCAGAAGACAUGAAUGCUUUGAAGCCUCUGACUCAUCCGGUCCUCAACGGAAACAAUCAUGACAACAGUCAGGACCAUCUGAACAAGCCCAAAGGCCCAAGUAUACAGACCAGUGACACAAACACACACCAUCCAGUCCAGAAUGGCUACCACUCGCCAAACUCCGUCCCUGGUUGGGUCGAGAAGGGAGAGGAGAUGGUAGUGAAUGGUGGGGAGGAGGAAGAGGGGGGCUGUUUUGGAGGAGGAGGUGGGGUGGAGAGUGGGAGGUGUGUGAAGGCUUUAGAGCGGUUCUGUGGUUUUAAAGAGAAACCAUCCAAAAUUCAGGUAAUGACAGUCCAGGAACACGAGAGGAUGGUAGACGAGCUUCUUCAUGAACCUCCACAAACCAGAAUGAUCCUGAACAUUGGACUGUUUGUGAUCUGCUCUUUGGGGGUCUUUAUCUUCAUCUAUUUCUCUGUAUAGGCUGUGAGCAGGGAUACAGGUUUGGUAAGAUACUCUUCAGUUUUCUAUGAACCUUGAAUUCUUUUGGAGCACAGUGAAAAGGUAGCCUGGACAGGUAAACAGCUGUUUCUGUUUUAGCCCAAUGCGGAAAUGAAACUAGAGCCCUGCAAAGAUUUAAAAUACUCUCAGCUUUACAUUUGUUUUGAUGAAGGAACAAAUGUGUUGUAUAUUUUGUACAAAUGGUGAUUCCUGUGAAGGGUUCAGUAAUCUUCCAAUUAUUCCGAUGGAAUAAGGAAUGUCAAUUCAGACGUUAGAGUUUUAUAAAAACCCAACAAGCACUUUUUUAAAGGUAACUGAAGCUCUUAAAGUGACCCUUAAGAUAGUCUUUAAGUGCUGUGGAUAUUUGUACGAAUGAUUUUACCCUCUCAUGUAUUUCUGAACCCCCAACAGUCCACAUGCCUUCAGGCAAUGAGUGGAGAUGUUUGGUGGGAUACAAAAGUCCACAUUGUAUUAUUUGAGGGAAAAUGUGUUCUUAGAUAAUAUCCAAAAUAUCCCUGACCCCUUUGUAUGACAGAGUCACCUUUACACUGUCUGUCUGUUCGGCUACACAACCAAUAAAUCAAGAUGUCUGAAAUGA